CAGGCUUCCUCGCGGUGUCCCGGGGUAGGAAAGUGAGCGGCGGGACACCGGAGAGAGUCGCAACAUCAGCAUGGAGCUGUGGACGCGCGCGCUGCUGCUGCUGUUACACAGUUGGUGUAUUCAACACUCUCAGGGAUUUAAUGUGGGAACAUCAGGAGCCAAAAUUUUCUCUGGCCCGAAAGUAGACGAGUUUGGAUACACGGUGCAGCAGUUCAGCACUGCCGAGGGAAAAUGGUUAUUAGUCGGAGCUCCUUGGAGAGGCUACACCCAGAACAGGAAAGGAGAUGUGUAUAGAUGUGGUAUUACAGGAACUACCUGCGAGAAACUCAACCUACAGAACUCUGUCAACAUACCGAACGUACAGAACAUCAACGUUAACAUGAGUCUGGGUCUGACCCUGAUGCGAAAACCCAAAAACAACGGAUUUAUGACAUGCGGUCCUCUCUGGGCUCAGGCUUGUGGUACUCAGUAUUUCUCCACGGGAGUGUGUGCAGAAGUGAGCUCUCAGUUCAGUCCACAAACGGUGUUUUCUCCCGCUCUACAAACUUGCGGUGGCCCAAUGGACAUCGCUAUUGUUCUGGACGGAUCAAACAGUAUUUAUCCCUGGCCUCCUGUUGUGAAUUUUCUUAAGAAGCUCUUAGGACACCUUGAUAUCGGACCUCAGCAAUCUCAGGUCAGCAUCAUUCAGUACGGCGUCUAUCCCGUGAUGGAGUUCAAUAUGAACACGUAUAAGACCAGAGAUUCGAUCGUGGAUGCAGCUUCAAAGAUUACUCAGAGAGGUGGAACCGAGACGAACACGUUCGGAGCGAUCGAAUACGCCAGGACAAACGCUUUUCUGGCGUCAAAUGGUGGACGUCCCGGAGCCAGUAAAGUGAUGGUGGUGGUGACUGAUGGAGAGUCACAUGAUAACUCCAAGAGAGACAAGGUUAUUCCGGCGUGUGAGAAGGACCACAUCACUCGCUUCGGCAUCGCUGUGCUCGGGUACUACAUAAGAAACAACAUUGACAGCACAAAACUGGUUGAGGAAAUCAAGUCAAUAGCCAGCAAUCCUUCUGAUAAAUUCUAUUUCAAUGUGUCUGCUGAAGAGGCACUGCUGGAGAUUGCAGGAACUCUGGGAGAUCGGAUCUUCAAUAUCGAAGGCACAGGUAUAGGUGGUGAAUUUCAGAUGGAAAUGUCGCAGGUCGGAUUCAGUGCGCACAAGACCAAGAACGAGGACGAGAUGAUGCUGGGGGCCGUUGGAGCGUACGGAUGGACCGGAACCGUGGUGCAUAAAACUGCUCAGAAAUCAGAGAUUUUCCCCAAAGAAACUUUUGAGCGAAUACUUGAAGAUAAAAACCACAGUUCCCUCCUGGGAUACGCAGUGACUACGCUAUAUAGUGAUUCCACUGAGUACUUUGUGGCUGGUGCGCCCCGCUCCAAUCACACCGGUCAGGUGGUGGUGUACACGCUGAAUCAGCAGAGAAAACCUGAAAUCCGACACUCACAAAGAGGAGAUCAGAUCGGAUCGUACUUCGGAAGCGUGCUCUGCCCCCUGGAUGUGAAUCGUGACGGUGUUACGGACAUUCUCCUGGUUGGAGCUCCGAUGUACAUGAGCGAUGAGAAGAAGGAGAUGGGCAAAGUGUACGUCUUCUCCAUUACCAAUGGGUUCUUGAGUAGCCAGGGGUUCCUGGAAGGUUCUUCUCCACUGGAGAACGCCCGAUUCGGAAUGGCCAUUGCCGCAGCUCCGGACCUCAACCAGGAUAACUUAAAUGAUGUGGUGGUUGGGGCACCGCUGGAGGAGAACGGCCAGGGAGCUCUUUAUAUUUUUAACGGAGAAGCACGAAGCGUCAGGAAGCAGAGCUCACAGAAAAUUCUUGCCAUGAAACUGGACCCGAUGUUGAGGUACUUCGGACGUUCUUUAGAUGCCAGUGAAGAUCUGAAUGGAGACUCAAUCCCAGACGUCUCAGUGGGGAGUUAUGGAAAAGUGUUUCAGCUCUGGUCCAGAGCAGUGGCGUUGGUGACUGCCAAGGUCACGUUCAACCCGGACCGGAUUAGCGUCUUGAGCAAACCGUGCACCCUCAAUGGACGGAUGGUUUCCUGUUUUAAAGCCAAAAUCUGCCUGAGGGCAACGUUUAAACCGUUAAACCAGGUUGGACCUGCAGCGAUUAAGUACAACAUGACCCUGGACGCUGACCUGAAGUCGUCCCGAGUCUCAAGGGCUCACUUCAUUAACUCGGAGCGAGUAAUCCAGCAUGACGUCAGCGUCUCCACAGCUGAGACGUGUGAGGAACAUCAGGUGAACGUUCAGGAAGCGCUUGAUCUCGUCAACCCCAUUGCCGUUCGAGUCGACAUCAGACUUCAGCAGCCGGAUUCAAACCCUGUCCUGGACGCCUUCAGUCCCACCGCAUGGGAGUUUUUUAUCCCAUUUUCUAAAGACUGUGGUACUGAUGAGGUGUGCUACAGUGACCUGGUGUUAAGCGUGCAGAGAGAUCCGCCUACCAGCUCCUUGUUGGUGAGUAAUAACAACAGAAGAUUGGUGCUGUUCGUCACGGUGAUGAACAGGAAGGAAAACGCGUACAACACCCGAGUGACAGCGCGUUACUCCAGCAACCUGUUUUACUCCUCCGUUUCGCAGCCUAGCGAUGGUACUGAGGUCAAAUGCACCUCCAGUCAAGACACUGAAUUGGUCGCGUGUCAAGUUGGAUAUCCAGCGUUAAAGACCGACCAGUCGGUGACAUUCGAGAUCAGUUUUGACUUCAAUCUGGCUCAGUUACAAAAGGAAGUCAAAGUGGUUUUUGAAGCCCAGAGUGAAAGUAAAGAGGAAACUCCAGAAGAUAACACUGAGACGUUGAUGAUCUCUAUCCAGUACCAGACAGAGAUCAUCCUGAGCAGAGAAGCAAACCUGGAUGUGUAUUUACUUGAAGAAAAGGAUGAAAUAAUAAACCCCAUAAAGACGUACAGUGACAUCGGUCCAGAGUUCAAGUUCAGUCUCAAGGUAUCUGGAGCAGCUUUUCCAGUCAGUUUGGUUUACAUGGAUGUAUCUCUGCCCACGAGCACCAAAUCAGGGAAUCAGCUGCUGUAUAUAACAUCAGUCGAGGCCACACCGCAGCGUGAUGUUCAGUGUGACAUUAAUGGGCUGAUCGACCCGUUUAACAUCGGACAGAAGGAAUACACUGCCAAAUUCACUGAGAAGAGCUUCAGAGGAACCAGUCACCUGAACUGUGCCUCAGCCGUAUGUAAGCAGCUGAAGUGUGUGCUGAAAGACAUGAGCGUGAAAAGCGAGUAUAUCGUCAGCGUGUCUGCACGAAUCUGGAACGGAACAUUUCUGAAGGCUGAUUUCCAGUCGGUCGUAUUAAACGUGAACGCUCAGAUCAAAACGUCUCAAAAUGAUCUACUUGUCAUCGCCCACAAAGAAGUGACGGUGGAUGUGACGGUCAGUAAACCGGGUGCUAAAGGUGACGUCCCCGUGGGCGUGAUCGUGGGGAGUGUGAUCGGAGGAUUACUCCUGCUGGCUGCUGCUGUCGCAGGGUUGUGGAAGCUCGGCUUCUUCAAGCGUAAAUAUCAGCAGCUGGGCAGAAACGAUGAGGCAGCGGAAACAGAAGGACUGCAGGAGAACGCGUGAAGAACGUGAGACCCACCCUGAUCCCGAUUAAACACUGUCUGAUCUCAGAUCAACUCCAGCCAAAGAUCUAACUCUCAGAGACUCAGGGAUCGGAUCAGCAGCAGUGAGGAGGAGGAGGAGAACCUCAACCACACUGCAGCAACAGGAAACGAUCUGUGAUCUAAAACAACUCAAACAGACAACAGUCCUGUUUGUGCUGCCGUGGAAACUCACCGCCUCUGUUUACUUUCAUCAACACUGGAGAAUUUCUCUUUCACUCCGAGUCGCUGAAUCAACGGGAAACUGACGAACUUCUUUCCCUUUUUUUUUUUACAUUUAUUUCCCGAUACUGUAAAUAUUAUUCAUAAAGAAAUAUUGUUGAGUGCACUGACCUUCUCCCAGACGAUCCCGGACCUGCAGAUCACAAGUUCUCGUAAUAUCCAAUAACUCUACAUUUCUACAUUUCAUACGUUUUUAAAGUUUGCACACGCGGCCUCGUUUAUCUUUUUAGUGCGUUUGUGUGUAAAAAAAACAGGAGCGAGCAAUCACAAAACAGCAUUAAAAAAAAAAAAAAAAAAAAACCUUCAGUAAUUAAAUGACUAAUUAAUAUGAAGCGACUGAGAGAAAAAGUGAAAUUGGUUAAAUGAAUAUAUAUAUUUUUUACAUUUCGUAGCAUCCUCCCUUUUAAAGAAAUGUACAUUAUUAAAAAAUUUGCCACAAAAAAGCAAUACAUAAUGUAUAAUGUAGCGAAACCGAGGCUAAAAACUCCACACACACACACACACACACACACACACACACACACACACCAGUUAUGUAGCUAAAUACAGGUACACUGUCCCCAUCUAAAAACUGUGCUUUAAUGGAAAACUUUGACCUCAAAUAGACACAAACUCACAAUCUGGAACAAAACAAGUCACUGAAUGGUAUAACAAUAUUAUAAUAAUAUAUAUUUAAUAUAUACAGAUAAAGUUUGUGGACACAAUCAGUAUGUGCUUUAAAAAAAAAAAACAUCCCACAUUUAUUUCCAAUUUAACAUUACAAUGAGCUCCACUCUCCUGGGAAGAUGUUCCACUAGAUUUCCAAGUGUGUGGAGAUUCAUUCAGCCACAAUGGUGUGAAAAUGUUCUGCUUCAGCAUCCAAACACGUCUGAUACUUUUGUGUGUGUCCAACGUUGUGUUAACAGUUUGGGGAAGAAGAACAUAUGGCUGGAAAAGUUCGGUGUCCCAAUACUUUUAAUCCGUGUGGUGAAUAUCACAGAAGUACAUCAAUAUAAAAGAUGCACUGAAACAUAAAAAUAGAAAUAAAACAGCAAUUGUGUAAAAAUCAAUCAUCAUAAUAAAACAUCAUUCUCGUGUACUGGCAUCUAUAAAGAUAAGUGGGAAAUUUUUUUUUUAUAUUCGUGAGUUUGUUGUUCGACUGUUGAUUUUAUCUGUGAAACGUUUCUUCGUUUAUUUUUCUCUCAGGAACGAAUACCUUCAGUAGACUACUGGGACACACUGGCGAUUAAAUCCUGUUUCUUUUUGUUUAUCCGGCACUUUAUUCACAUCUCGGCUUCCUACUAGUUAACAUUCACCUUUCCAAUUGUUUUUUUUUUUUUUUAUGUUUUGUUUUUUUUUUUUUUUGUAUUU